AUGAUAUAUAACGUUCCAUUCAUUUGGAGUCAUAUCGUGGGAUGCGAACGCGGGUCUGAAAAAUUAAAUGUCGAGACGAUCACCACUAGCAAGGAGGCCUGUGGUUGCUCGAGUGACAAGACAUCAAAUUUCCAGCUGUCAGUAGGCCAGCGUGACCCCAAGCUGUCAGUGGGUCAGCUUGACCCCAAGCUGUCAGUGGGUCAGCUUGACCCCAAGCUGUCAGUGGGUCAGCUUGACCCCAAGCUGUCAGUGGGCCAGCGUGACCCCAAGCUGUCAGUAGGCCAGCGUGACCCCAAACUGUCAGUGGGUCAGCGUGACCCCCAACCUCGUGACCCCAAGCUGUCAGUGGGUCAGCUUGACCCCAAGCUGUCAGUGGGUCAGCUUGACCCCAAGCUGUCAGUGGGUCAGCGUGACCCCAAGCUGUCAGUGGGUCAGCGUGACCCCAAGCUGUCAGUGGGUCAGCUUGACCCCAAGCUGUCAGUAGGCCAGCGUGACCCCAACCUGUCAGUGGGUCAGCGUGACCCCAAGCUGUCAGUUGGUCAGCUUGACCCCAAGCUGUCAGUAGGCCAGCGUGACCCCAAGCUGUCAGUGGGUCAGCGUGACCCCAAGCUGUCAGUGGGCCAGCGUGACCCCAAGCUGUCAGUAGGCCAGCGUGACCCCAAGCUGUCAGUGGGUCAGCGUGACCCCAACCUGUCAGUGGGUCAGCGUGACCCCAAGCUGUCAGUAGGCCAGCGUGACCCCAAGCUGUCAGUGGGUCAGCGUGACCCCAAGCUGUCAGUGGGUCAGCGUGACCCCAAGCUGUCAGUGGGCCAGCGUGACCCCAAGCUGUCAGUAGGCCAGCGUGACCCCAAGCUGUCAGUGGGUCAGCGUGACCCCAAGCUGUCAGUGGGUCAGCGUGACCCCAAGCUGUCAGUGGGUCAGCGUGACCCCAAGCUGUCAGUGGGUCAGCGUGACCCCAAGCUGUCAGUGGGUCAGCGUGACCCCAAGCUGUCAGUGGGCCAGCGUGACCCCAAGCUGUCAGUGGGUCAGCGUGACCCCAAGCUGUCAGUGGGCCAGCGUGACCCCAAGCUGUCAGUAGGCCAGCUUGACCCCAACCUGUCAGUUAACCAAAGUGAAGGAAGUGUAUGA